GGUGGUCGGGCUGGCCCCAGCAUGGCAGGCGCCGGCUCUCCAGCGGCGACAACCACCCCUGUGCGUGCCUCUCCUAGAAACAGAUAUGGGCUGGAUUAUGUUUCUGACAGUGAGGACAGUGAUCUGUCUGAAGGACCGGACUCAGACUCAGACGGCGAUGGCAGCUCGGAUUGUGAGAUUCUGGGUGACACUGGGACUGCUCGUAAGGUUUGGGAGAAGGCUGCUUCAAGAAGAACAACACUUCAUCACCCCCCACAUCGAAAAGAUGGCAGGGCUACUACUUCUGCAUCAAGUGCCGAGUCAAGUACACACUAUGAUGAAACUCCAGAGAACCUCUUCACUCCAGUGUGCCCUCUAGAUAAUGACAUCUUCAAAUAUUUUAGUGAAGCUGGGCAAAGUAGUACAAAUGGUGCAAAACAUGGCACUGGCCCUUCUUCAGCGCCUGAUGCCCAGGAAGGUCCGAUGGACAAUGCUUCCCAUGGAAAAGAAACUGAAGACCACAAUCCUGUUCACAAUUUAGAUCCUGAUAUGGCUUACGAGGCUCCUGUUCCUCCAGAAAGAAGUCACCAUCCUCACCUAGAUGAAACCAUGAAACCCGAAGGGCACACAAGCUAUAGCUUUGUCUCUGCAAAUAGGGUUUUUGCUGCGUACUCAGCUGAUUGUAAAGAUGAUAGUCCUAUAUUUGUCAGCACUCCUGAAAGGAUGGAUGAAAAAAUACCUGAAGGCACAUCUUUAGCAAAGGAUGGACGGACUGCCCACAAUGAAGCUGCCAAACAGAAGAAAAAGAUGUGCUUUGCACCAGAUGAUGAUUCUUAUGUGGAUCAACUGACAGAAGAUCCAGUUUUUACUAGCAGGCUUGGUGGCUUGAGACAAUCUGGAGAAUACUUAAAUAAUAAUGCUCCCACAAAUGAAGCAUCGGGGACUUGCUCCUUGCCUCAGAAGGAUUUGGUUGAAGAUCCUGAAAAGUUAGGACAAUCUUCUAUGAUAAUUGGCGGCCGUGAAAAGCACAAAGAAUCCGAUGAGUACAAAAGGGCACAAGAGGAGGAGUGGGCAUCCAGACAGCGUCAGUUAGCAAUACAGGCUGAGGAGGCAAAGGAGGCGAAGAGGCUACGGAAGAGAAAAAAGGCUGAAGCUUUGCGACUGCUCGACAUGGAGAAGAGACAAAAGCAAAGACUGGAAGAAGUCCGUGAAACACAAAGAAAGAGUGAAGAAACUAUACAGCUGAAGGAGCAGUGUCGAGGGGCGGUAAGAUUGGAGCUUGAAAUUAUUGGAAGGAGAUACACUGAUAUGGCUUCAAUAUUGCGUGCAUUGGGCAUUCCUGUUGAAGGGGGCGAGGUUAAAGCUGCUUAUAAGCAAGCCCUCCUGAAGUUCCAUCCGGACAGAGUAUCGAGAAACGAUAUUUAUGAGCAGGUCAAAGCAGAGGAGACGUUCAAGUUCAUCUCGCGCUUUAAGGAGAAGCUCAGGAUAUAGCUUCCCUGCUACCAGUUAUAUAGGAAGGUUUAACUUUUUGAUAGGCUGAAAUCUUGUCAGCAGGUCAAGCUGUGAAAUUGAUUGACGCUGAACGUAAGACAGUGUAAUCCUUAGGAUUAGCGCGGAGCAUUGCUCAUCCAUCAUUUGAGUUCUUUUCAGUGGCAUGUGCUCUGCUUAGCUUAAUGUUAUUCUAAGUUUAAUUCUGGGGAAAUAUUUAGAGGUGGCAGGCAGAAGGGUCGUUUUCACUGAUGACCCAGCACUAUCACUUUUUUUCCCAUGAGAAACGAAGGGCUGCUGGUUGUACGAUUUGUUUCCCUGCAUUUUUUUGAGCAGUCAACUAUACCUGUAAUAUAAGUGAAAAAUGAUAUUUUUUCUUGAA